CUUGAGUUCAAUCCGUUCGUUCUGUAAAAUCCGUUCCACCGCUUCCGGGCUCAUUCGGCGCCGUUCCACGUUUUUGCGGAAUCUCCGUGGCGGAUUUGUGGUUUCGCUCGGCUUCUCUCGAGUUCCACUUCGUCUGCGGGCCUUUGCGAGCGCUUUUGUGUCUUGUGUUGUCGGGCAGAAAAGACUCGCAACCAGUCAACCCGGGUCAUCGUGGGACUUGCUCGGAUAACCGCAUUUUCCCCCGCCACCGCCCCGGCCAGUCGUGUUUUUUUUUUUUAAUUGUAUUGUUGUUAUUGUUAUUAUUUGCUAUUGAUUUAUUUUGUAUCCAACAAUGUCGCUGGUGUGCGAGUCUGGCUUUUCGAGCGAGGAGGUGUUAAACAGCCGCUUCCCUCUCCACCGGGCGUGCAGGGAUGGAGAUGUCGGCUCCUUGUGCUCCUUUCUUCAGACCGCCGCCAAUCCGGCUGACCUCACGGUGGAGGACACAUUUUACGGAUGGACGCCUAUACACUGGGCAGCUCAUUUCGGAAAGCUGGAGUGCGUGAUGCAUCUGGUCCAAGUGGGCUGCGGCGUCAACAUUGUGACCUCCAAGUUUGCCCAGACGCCCACUCACAUUUCGGCGUUUGGAGGACAUCCCCAGUGCUUGUUGUGGCUCCUGCAAGCCGGCGCAGACAUUAAUAGACAGGACUAUGUGGGCGAGACGCCCAUCCACAAGGCUGCACGUGCGGGCAGUCUGGAGUGCAUCAACGCUCUCUUGGUGCAGGGAGCAAAAGCUGAUGUGAGGAAUGCCAGCGGGCUGACCGCCGCCGACCUGGCCCAUGCGCAGGGCUUCCAGGAGUGCGCCGAGCUGCUCUCCAAUGCCCAGAACUUCCAACAAAACAUGGCUCAGUUCCAUAACGGAGACUUUCUCAAUGGCACCAGCCAGAACGGGGGCCACACUCCCUCCACUACGCAGGGCCGUAGCUUCUUCAAGGGCGUACCCAACAGAAAGAGGUCAUCCGAUGACCAGGAAGUCAACCCGGUGAAGAAGGCCAGAUCUCACGGUGUGGAGAUGCUGCUGGAAAUGCAGAAUGGUAACGGGCCAAUUAUUGGAGAGUCCCCAAUGGAAAGCAUGGAGAUGGAGUCUUCUGUGAGCUCAGCGUCAGUGGGCAUUUCCUCACUCGGUCGCCGUCAACAGCAGCUCCCGUCGGGGCGCGGCCCGACCCCGGGCUCCUGGGGGUCGCCCGAGAUCAGCCAAGAGGAGCACCAGAAGUCGGUUAAAGCGGAGCAGUUGUAUGACCACACCUUCUUCAGCACGGUGCUCCUCUACCAUGGAGCCUAAAGGUGGCACAUUGAACCAGCUGGAAAGCGAUGGCCUCACAAUUCUGAGAUCCUGGGUUCAAUCCCAGCCGCGCCUGUGUGGAGUUUGCAUGUUCUCCCCAUCCCUACGUGGGUUUUCUCCGGGCAUUUCGGUUUCCUCCCACAUCCCCAAAACACGCAACAUUAAUUGGACCCUCGAAAUUGCCCCUAGGUGUGAUUGUGAUGCGACUCUUUGUCUCUAUGUGCCCUGCGAUUGGCUGGCGACCAGUUCAGUGUUUACCCCGCCUCCGUGUCCCUCGUGAGGAUAAGCGACUAAGAAAGUGACUUGUGUCUUGAAAUAGAGCGGAUGAGCCUCACGUGUUUUGCCCCACCCGGCCUGAGCUCAGACCUGGGGGAGAAGAAUCAAGUCACCUGUCAGCACAAGGCCCGACCUUCACCGUCACGGCGCUGCACAAAC